AUGGUUCCGUGUGCAACGACGUAUGAAAUUGAGCAACAAUUUCAGGCAGUAUACACAAUUUCAAAAUUCAGGGAAGUGCAGGUAGAGUUAGCAGGGAAGGUAUAUUGUGACAUCAUAUCUACGGCUGAUGUUUAUUCGGGGUCGACCUACGAGGUAUGCGACGAUGUGCUAUGUGGGGAUCGGCGAAAGAGAAAAAGAUUCGUAGUGUUAUUUAAUAGGGAGAACUGUGACAUUGUCUGCACUUGUCACUUGUUUGAGUUUCGGGGAGUUCUUUGCAGGCAUGCAAUCGUAGUACUCAUCUGUAAUGACGUCCGUGUACUCCCAGACAGGUAUGUACUUCGAAGAUGGAGGAGGGAUGUUAGUAGAGCACACACUAGGAUCGAUGUUAUCUACAGUGGGUUGGUCAGCACUCCCGGACAGUUGCGUUAUGAUAGAAUGUGUCAGGCUUUCGCUACCAUUACCGAUCUAGCUGCAGAAGACGGAGGUCGGACCCAUGCAAUUAUGGAAUGGAUAGGAAUUCAAGAGAAGGAACUCAUGAGUUCGAGGUUGAUCAGUGGAAGCAAUGUUCUACUGCAACUACUGGACCCUAACGCGGUGAACAAGAAGGGUGCACCUAAAAGAGUUCGAAGAAAGGGCCCGUUUGAGUCAACGUCAAAGAAACCAACGGCUCCAUCGAAAGGCAAAAGACCAACUGCUAGGCGUACUUAUCCACCAGAUGCUGCAUCGUCCAUUCAGGCUCAUCAACAACAUGAUUCGUCGAUGUCCAUUCCGUUCUCCUACUCGCAACUCUUGUUGGGUGACCAUGAAAGCCAAGUGUUUCCACAACAAUUUCCGACUUCUACACCGAUCCAUCCGUCCUCGACCCAUCCAACAUUCAAUUCUCAAGAUGUGAAUCACCCGGGGUCGAUGAAAUUGUUGGCAUUCCCGGCAGAUGAGGAGACAGUGACUGCAGCAAAGUACGUGCAGCCUGGCAUUCUGUAUAACUAG